AUGGUUUUCACUUCGGCAUCAACACUGUUGCUUCUCGUCAUUUUAUCAGGGGCUAGCUCUAAUGGAAUCCAGUCGCCAAUAAAGAAGCUGAAGACACAUUUCAAAGGUAACGCUGCUGAAGCAGGAAUCAGUGUUGACCAAACCGAUGACAAACAGGUGAACAUAAGUAUACUGCCAAUGUCCAUCUCUUAUCUCAAUGCAGCCGAUCAGACAUUCACCUUUAGUGCCGGUGUCAGCAUGAGCUGGUUUGACCAAAAUCUGGCUUGGAACAAAACUGAAUUUGAUGAUAUUGAAAGUGUGACCAUCUCAGAAGAUUAUGUGUGGGUGCCGUCAGUUGUCAUCCCUAACGGAAUCGACAACGUUGUACCGGCGUCAGUACAGUCACCAAGCAUUCGGAGCGAAGGAACUGGAACCCUUCUAAUAGUUCAGAAUUUUAAGACCAGUUGUCAGAUAGACAUAACUCUGUACCCGUUUGACCAGCAGCGAUGCAGUAUUCUGAUCCUGCCUGUCAAUGGUUACACACUUGAUGUACGUGCCACUGGUUCCAUCCUUACGGACCGACCGACUUUCUUCAUUGAGAACAGUGAGUGGGAGUUGCUUGACAUACUUGCGAAAGUGGAAGACGUCGAAAUGAGAAGGAUAUCAACCGUUGCAUCGUUUGAGUUUCUUCUGAAACGCAAAAGCAUGUUCUAUAUAGUGAGUAUCAUCUUACCCAUGACUCUUCUCUCUGUGCUCAACGCCUGUGUGUUCCUCCUACCAGCCGACUCCGGGGAGAAGAUGUCCUACCUCAUCUCCAUAUUUGUGUCAUAUGCAGUGUUCAUGAACUUUGUCAAUGACUCCAUCCCCAAGUCUGGAGAGGUGUGCCGACUGUCUGUGUACCUGACCCUCGUUCUUUGCCAAAGCUGUCUUGCUAUCAUCACAACUAUGGCCACACUCAAUGUCCGGAAUAAGGGGCUCCUAUUUCAAACCAAGACAGGUGUUCAGCCAGGAAAUGACAAAGUAAACAUGAACAGUAACGAACGUCUGAAGUCUCAGUCAAAUAUCCGCCGCACAGACCACGUUUUGUUUGGGGUGUUCCUGCUGCUGGCACUGAUGUCCCUGUUGGUGUUUUGUGUAUAG